AUGUCACAAGAUGGAACUCUUAUACAUCAUGAUAAUAUUACUAAGCGGAUGUUCAAGGAUCUUCAUCAAGUCGUUUUCAGCAUAAUCAUCUUGCGCGCAUGGACUUUAGUUCCCGCAAUCUUGAAAGCUGAAGCAGGCCAUCACAUUAAAAUUGUGGCCAUCAAGAACAAUCUUACUGAGGCUCAGCAAGAAAAUCCCGCGAUACUAUCCUUGAACUCUGAGAUUGGGUCACGUGGUCCCAUCCAACUUAUUUCGCUGUGGAAAAAGUGUUGUUUUGGAUACCUCAUUCAAGCCAAUUUUUUGGAUCCAGUUGCUUUCAAUUUCAGCGCUUUUGUCCUCAACAGGAUUACACUCGCCCAACAACUGGAAACUCGGUACGAAUGGCUGCAUUACCAUGAUUCAUUAACUGCCCUCGAAUCCUCAACAGUGGGCCAGGGCUCGUCAAUCUCAGCUUACUCAAGCGACCCUCAGCUGCAACAUGCCUUCAGUGCAGACUGGAACUGGGCUAGCAUCUGGGCCUUUGAUCCUUUUUACAGUUCAGAUCUCGCAGAUGACAUGGAAGCUGCCAAUUUUUUCGAAGAGGUGAUCUUAAUGACGUCCCAGCUAGCCACUAGCUGGGACAUCAUUUUUCCACAAGUCAGAGAAACCAUAAACCUUGCAAUCCACUCACAGGAUGCUUGUCUGGUUCGGACAAAUCAUCCACGCAUUUUUUCCUGCUCCUCCACGUCUUUCUCCGCAUUGCCUGGGAUAGGUGUCACCAUACGGCUCAGCAACGAAGCGCUCAAGGAUCAUUUGGGCAACGUGACAGAGCCAGAAUUGCGAGUUUGUAUUGCUGGUCGAGAGUUUGACACCGCACCACUCGUGCUCAUAUGCGAAGGUCCUGUCAUAUCUGGUCUUUUCACAUGGCCUCCAUUGCGUCCCGAGUCAACCUCAACCCUCCAUGCUGCUUCUUGCCGUGCACCUUAUGCCGGCAUAAAAAUUGUAGCCAAGCCUGCACAGAUUGUGUCCUACUCUUUGCUUGCUUGCCAGGCUUUGGCAGGUAGCUUGCGCAAACUCACUCCCAAGCCUCUCGCGAAGCUCCAGGAUUACUUCAAGAAGGAUGUCCUCACUCUUAUCGGCUAUGGUUCUCAGGGCCACCGUCAAGGCUUGAUGUUAUCAUUGAUGUCUGUAAAGACGGCGAAAGUUGACAUUGUAAGGCACCGACCAAAUUCGUAG